CAGAGGUGAUUAGGAUGACUGGCUUCAUGAAGGGCCUUUACACAGAUGCCGAGAUGAAGUCAGACAAUGUCAAGGAUAAAGAUGCAAAAAUUAGCUUCUUACAGAAGGCCAUAGACGUGGUUGUGAUGGUUUCAGGAGAGCCCUUGUCAGUCAAACCAGCCCGCAUUGUGAUGGGAAUUGAGCCUGAAAGAACAAAUGAACUGCUUCAGACAAUUGGAAAGUGCUGUCUCAACAAGCUGUCUAGUGACGAUGCAGUGAAGAGGGUUUUAGCUGGAGAAAAGGCGGACAUGAGAGGAAGAGCCCCAAGGGCCUCUAAGUCUCAGGAGCCGGACAAUAAGAAUGUGAAGGAGGAAGAGUCCAGAGCGCAUAAAGAGGAUAAAAGAAACUCUGAAAUGAAGGAUGGAAGUACAAGCAGAGAGGGAAAACAUAAGGAAGAACUGAAAGAAGAAACCAAAUCCAGGGAGAAGGAUAGGGACAAGGAGAAGAGCAAGGAGAAUGGCAGAGACCGACAUGAGGAUCCCGACAAGGACAAAUACCGAGAAGGGGAGAGAGAGAAAAGCAGAAACAGGGCCAAGCAGGACAGAGACAGGGACAAAGACCGAGGGCACAAGGAUCGGGACCGCGAUGCAGACCGGGAGAAAGAGAGAGAGAGGAGGAGUGAGGGAGGGAAAGAAAAAGAGAGGUUGAAAGACAGGGACCGAGAACGUGACCGGGACAAGGGAAAAGACCGGGAGCGACGGAGAGUGAAAAACGGGGAGCACGCCAAGGACCACGAGCGUGACAAGAACAGAGAACAGGACAAACUGGAGAAAAAGUCAACAACGUCAGCAGAGGUGUCUAAAAAGUUGUCAGAUGCUUCUUUAAAAGACUGCAAAGCAGAAAUAGAGGUUGAAAUUUCCACCAGUACAGGGAAGUUGUCAAAAAACGCAAAACGGCGACCCAAAAAUGCUGUGGAAGAUGAUAAUUCAACCAGUCGGUGGCGUGAGAGCAGUGAGGCAGCCCCAGCAGUAAAGCAGACAGGUGACUCCACCAGCGAUGCAGGUGAGGAUGGCUCUGCAGUAUUUGGAGAAGUUGCAGGCUGCGCAGGUGUCAAGACAGCUCUCAAUGGAGAAGCUGGACCUGCUUUACAAGAGAAGUCAGAGGUGUCAGAGACUGCUGAAAUCCCCAGUGAGCUUUCCUCCAAUGUCAGAAUACCUCGGCCUGGGAGUGCACGGCCUGCACCGCCCAGGGUCAAACGACAGGAGAGCAUGGAGACACUGCCAGCAGACAGGUCAGGGAGUGGCAAAACCGUCUCAAAUGUGAUAAUAGACUCACAGAAUUCUGACAAUGAAGAUGAUGAGCAGUUUGUGGUAGAAGCUGCCCCUCAGCUCUCAGAAAUGUCAGAAAUUGAAAUGGGGUCAGCAAUGGAACUAGAGGACAAUGAGAAACAUGGUGGCCUUGUGAAAAAAAUUCUGGAGACCAAGAAAGAUUAUGAGAAAUUGCAGCAGGCGUGCAAGUCUGGAGAGAAGGAGAAAUCGCUUGUCUUUGAAUCUGCGUGGAAGAAGGAGAAAGACAUUGUUUCUAAGGAGAUAGAGAAGCUGCGCAUGUCUAUCCAGACCCUAUGCAAAAGUGCCCUUCCCCUGGGCAAGAUCAUGGACUACAUCCAGGAGGACGUGGAUGCCAUGCAGAAUGAGCUGCAGCUGUGGCGCAGCGAGAACAAGCAGCAUGCCGAGGCCCUACAGAAGGAGCAGAGGAUCACAGACUGUGCCGUGGAGCCCCUGAAGGUCGAGCUGGCCGAGCUUGAGCAACAGAUUAAAGACCAGCAGGACAAGAUCUGUGCAGUAAAGGCCAACAUCCUGAGGAAUGAGGAGAAAAUCCAGAAGAUGGUCUAUAGCAUCAAUUUGACCUCUCGAAGGUGAACACUUGCUUGUGAAGGAGAAAUCCCCCUGUGUAGGAGUGCAGAGGAGGGUAGGAAGGUAGACCUCUAGCUCCCAGUGUGCUAAGAAAACCGACUGUUCUCAGUGCCACGCCUCAUCCAGCUAAGUCCAGAGCUUCAAGACGAAGGCAUAUUAAGUGAAUUAAAACUGUUUUCUUACCUCUUUCCAGCUGGAAUACUUGCUAGUUAUAAAUAGCUCUUCAAAAUGCCUUUGUGAGUCUGGUUUUUGCAACCUCUUGUCUGUGUUUCUGCUGCAGCCCGUUUAGCUCUGUACCAGACUUUGCCAGCAGGUAAGUGAUGUACACCCAGCAAGGAAAUAGCAGCCCUUUGUUUCCAGUCUGCUGAAAGGACUUUGUACCUCAGCACAGAACGAAGAAUGGCUGUGUGCUUUCUGAUAGGUACUUUAUAAAUAGAAUAUGACCUAAGAAUUAUUACAUUUUACUUUGAUUUUCCAUUUGAAAAGGGUGAAUUUCAGCCUGUACCCUCAUGAGGAACAUAAGAACUGUUAAGGGUUCUUCUCCCCUCCUUCCUUUAUAAUUGUAUCUACUUGUAUAUGUAGUUACCUCAUUGGCCCUGUUAUCAUACGCUUGCCUUUCUAGCACUUGUCAUUGGCAAACUGACGAUGGGCAGCAUCUGACAUGUAAGCACAUCCUCGCUUUCUUCAGCAGCUGCCUGUUCUGUCUCCAGACAGCUCCUGACAGAGCCCCUGGAGGGGUUCUGUAGAAGACAGUGGCUUUGGUCCUCUUCCUUUUGCACAGAUGCGUGUACCUGAGACACAGAACUUAGGAGCUAAAAGGAUGAUCUGAUUCAUUUUUUUAUGUAACUUACUUUUUAUUAAAUGGUAUUUUUUAGUGAAACAUCUAAUUUUCACUUACAUAUAAUACUGUUGUAAAUACUUGUCAGGUUUUACAUUAUUGUAUGAAGGGUGUCAUUGCUGAGAGACAUGUGGAUCUAGGUUCUAAUCCUUGUGUUUCUGAAUUUCAUCUUUAUUCUGUGGACUGGGGCCAUGUUAAGAUAAUUGCCUGAGAAAGUUUUGUUUCUUUGCAGAUCAGCACAGAUGGCUUGGUUGCGUUUUGUUAGUGCAUUUGCAGAAUGAAUCCUUAGUAAGGUGGUGACGGGGCUUCCAAAGCUGGGCAGUUUGGAUGUGCCAUUCUUAAAUGUGCAGGCUUCUCCCUCCACAAGAGCAUGUGAAGUUCUGUGGAUCUGUUUGGGAGGAGAACGGCUGUUAUUAGCCAGCCCUUAGUUAUAUUGAAAAUCUCUUCUCUACUCUAUGGAUGACUUUACCACAACCCUGUGUAGACUCUUCUGAUAAAUGUCCUUUAUGAAUUGGAAUUUAUAAAUAGAAUUUUUGUGUUGCAAAAAAUUAUAUACAUUGUAUGAGAGUAAAAUUUUGUAUGAAUAGUCUACUAAAUUGUAUGAUAAAGUUUAUUUUUCUUUUAUAUAUGUCAUUAAAAUAAUCAGCUAUUU